AUGGAAGCCAAGGACGCGUUGGACAGCCCAGGAGAGGACUCUAACGGAUUCGUAGAUCUGGGAAGCAUUCUUGGUGGGGAUCGCUGGACAUACGUCAACGAUGACCUCACGGCCAGCACGGGGAGCAACAGCAGCGCGUCUGGUGCUAUUCCUGGCAGAGCUUCCCCAUCGCAUGACUUCUUGCACGCUACAGGGGGAGACGCACAUGUAACUAAUCCCCACAGUGGGGUCAACGCUCAGAAUCCCGUUUCCUCCACCACUGGCAAACCCACCAGCGGCAGCAGCGGCGGCGUCAGCAGCAGCAGCAACAGCAGCAGCAACCGUUGGGAUGGAGGCUUGUUCCGCAUGGACGGGCGAAGCUCCGUCUUCUCGGCUGCUCCGUGGCGUGGAGUAACGGAGAGUGCAGCCGAAGUGGGGUUCAGGGGGUUGUCUCACAGUGUGUCCUUCGCGUUUGAUGCUGCGGGUGCGGGUGCGGGUGCGGGUACGGGCAUGGCGUCUGCUGUUCCCGGUUCUUCUCACGGCCGUGCAGGAGCCUGGAACGUGUACAACCGUUUGGGCAGCAGUGUUGCUGAUGGUAUGGACUUUCCCGGGCAGAUUGGCACUGCUCGCGCCGGCAGCAGCGGCAGGAUCAAUGAAAUUGAUACACUGUUGAACGGUGGUGCUGGUUACGCUGGGGCGGUUGGGGGCGCGGGUGUAGUGGCGGGGAGCAGCAUUAGCACGGGCGUCAGUGGCAGCAGAGGCGGGGGUGGUGUUGGGAGUGGUGCGAGGUGCGUGUCUCCGUGGUGCAGCUCGGUUCGUGACUCGCUGCCGUUCCUGCUGCCCACCGAGCAAGUGGUUCUGGAGGAGCCUAACACGCUACUGGUCAACACGGACACCACAGGACACCUCCUGCUCACCUCCCUCCGCAUCCUCUUCCUCUCCGCCUCGCCCUCUCCCGCCGUACACCCAUCCCCUACUAUCCCCGCGUCCCCGCCGUGUGCGCUGUCACCGCAUCCCCUGGGCUCAGUGUACUUCCCAGUCAUCGACCGCGUUGCCAAGCUGCCUCCAGGGCGACUGGCUAACAGCAGGGACCAUCUGCUGCAGGUGCACACCAAGGACGCUCGAGUGCUGGUGUACGCUCUGCCUCCUCGCAUCUGCGCACAGGCACCGCCUGUGUUUGACACCAUCAUUCACCUGCUGCCGCGCUCGCUGCUCGAGCUGCCAGUCUUCCACGCGCCCCUUGCUGCCCUCGCCACGCCCACUGCCAGCACAAGCAGAAGUGGCAGCAGCAGCAACAGCAGCAGCGCAGGCAGCAUCGAGGAGGGUGCCUUAUCACCCACGGCACAGGAUUCACAUGGUGCAGGCGCUUCCACUCCUCCUCGCGCCUUCACUCCCCCACUACCAUCUCCUCCUGCAGCAGCAGCAGCAGCAGCAGCAGCUGCAGCAACAGCAGUGGCAGCCACUGCAGGUGGCGCCUCUAUGCAGGCGGUGGGGGUGGUGACAGCGGAGUGCAUGCGAGUGCUGGCCAUGCUGCCAGAGCACUGGCGCCGCCUCUGGGAGAUCAGCCGAGUCAACGCCGCCUAUGCUGCCUGCUCCUCCUACCCACAGCGCCUGCUCCUGCCCUCCUGCAUUAGUGACGACGACGCCAUGGCAUCUGCUGCCUUUCGAGCCAGGGGCCGCUUCCCUGUCAUGUGCUGGCAGCACCCAGGCAACGGUGCUGUGCUCAGCAGAGCAGCACAACCCCUGGUCGGCAUCCUUUCCAGUAAUAGAAGUGAUGCGGAUGAGCGUCUGGUUGCAGCACUAGCCGGCCCUGCUCUCCCUGGGGACUCCUUCAGGCGUCUGGUGGUGGCGGAUGCACGGCCGCGCAAGAAUGCCAUAGCCAAUGGGGCCAUGGGAGGCGGCUAUGAGUCAUCUGCCAACUAUCGCGGCACAGAGGUGGUGUAUCUGGGAAUAGACAACAUACAUGCAGUGCGCGACAGCAUGAACCGUCUGAGAGAGUACCUUGACACCCAUGGCUCUGCCUGCUCCGAUGGCUCCUCCUCCCUGCUCAGGAGUGGCACGGGCGGGUGGACAGGCGGGUCGGUGAGUGGCACGUCGCAGGUGGUGGCGGCGCUGGUGGACUCGUGCUGGCUGCAGCACUGCCACUCGCUGCUCUCCGGUGCCGUCUUCAUCGCUGCGCAGAUCGCCCUGCAGGGCAACUCCGUGCUUGUCCACUGCAGUGAUGGGUGGGACCGCACGCCGUCGCUCGUGUCACUGGCCAUGCUGCUGCUGGACCCCUACUACCGCACUUUCCAAGGCUUCCAGUCGCUAGUGGAGACGCACUGGGCGGCCUUUGGCCAUCCCUUUGCAGACCGCCUGGGCGUGCCAGCAGAACCCCCCACUGCCUCCUCCUCCUCCUCUCGUACCAACCCCGCUCUCUCCCUCGCUGCCGCUGCUGCUGCGAGCCCUGGUGCUAUCGCUGGUGGAGUAGCGUCGGGGUUCCCUGUGGCGAGCAGCAGUGUGGCAGGGUCGACCUUCCAAGCCAACAGCAGCAACAACCAGUCGCCCGUGUUCUUCCAGUGGAUUGAUGCCGUGGCGCAGCUGCUGCGCCUCUUCCCUCGUGCCUUUGAAUUCUCCACGGCGUUUCUAGUGGAUCUCCUGGACUCUGUGCUCUCGUGCCGCUUUGCCAACUUCCUCUGCAACAACGACAAGGAGCGCUCGCUCGCACGCACCUACCACUCCUCCAUCCGCCCCCACGCCUUCCCGCUCUCCCACGCCAACCACUCGCCCGCAUCCGUUCCCCCUUUAUGUGUCUGGGAACACCUAAGACGCCUGAGGGACCCCUCCUCUCCCUCCUCUCUGUCCUCCUCCUCUACUGCUGCUGCUGCUGGGGAUGCAGGCAGGGGAAGGCAGAUGGGAGCAUCUGGUGAACCGGCUGCUGCUCCUUGCUGUCCGCUGAGCCACCCGCAUGUCAACCCCCUCUACUCUCCCUCUUCCAUCUUCGCGGCCACUGCUCCUCCGGCUUCUGCUGCUCUUCCUGCUGCUCCCGCUGCUCCUGCUGCUGCUGCUGCUACCGCUGCUGUCUGCACAGCCACAAGCAGCACGAGCUGCAGCACUAGCACCUGCACCCAGGCAGCUAUCCGCCCUGCGUCCUGCCCUCCUGUUCAAAUACGCCACAUGGCUCUCUUCCCCCCAUCCCCUCCAUCGCCCGCCAUUCUCCUCCCGCCUGCUGCCUCGCUCGCCCCUGUUCUCCUGCCUGAGCUCUAUCUCCGCUGGUGCUGCCCUGCUGCUGUUCCCCCCCUCCGCUCCCUCCUCUCUUCCUCCUCCCCUCUUGCUUCCCUUCCUCCUCCUGUUGCUGCUGCGGCUACUGCUGCUGCUACCCGUGGGGGUGGAGCUGGCAAAAUUCGGCGCCUCUACCACUCGCACCGACUCAUUGAAGCGGAGUGUGCAGCACUGCAGGGUGCAGUGGAGAAGUCACAGCUUGGAAUGCAGCAGUUGCAGGAGGCAUUGCAGGAGAGCGAGAGCAGGCGAGCAGAGGCUGAGAGGCGCAGGGACGAGGCAGAGCGGGAGAACGCGAGUCUCCGCAGGAACCUGGCAAACCUGCAGCAGUCCCAAGAGGCAAUGCUAGCAGCCGUGUGUCAAGAAGCGGCGUCGGCUGCUGCUGCUGCCGCCUUCACUGCAGCGGGUGCGGGGGGGUCUGCUGCGUCCGCAUCGGCUGCUGCUGCUGUUCGGUCGUGCAUGGCUGCUUCUUCUCGGUUCCCGUCGCUAGCUUCUGCGGCAACUGCGGCAGCAGCGGCGGCGGCAGCGGCUGCUGCAGGUGGGUUGCGCCUCGCCCUGCCGACCGGUGCUCGCAGGUCGCGCAGUGUCUCCUCUGAACCCAGGUCUUCUGGGGCUGCUCCUGAUGCUUCAGGCGCUUCAGGUGCUGCUGCCGAUUCUAUCGAAGCCAGUGCUAUCUCCACACACAAUUAUGCCGUGGGGUUGGGUGAGGCGCUUCAUCUCGACACAGGUAGGAGUAACGGUACUGGCGGCGGUGCCACGUCUCCUGCUCCCACCACGCCACCCUUCCUCCCCUUGCACGCUGCUUCCUGGAGCCCUUGCUUUGGGUCGGGAGGGGCAGCUCCCACCUGCCCCAGUUGUGCCCGCCCCCUCAUGGUCGUAGCAGCAGGGGAGAAUGAGCUGGAGGAGGGAGGAGCGGAGUGGAAAGCAGGGGGGAGAAUAGGAGGGCUGAGGGGGGAAGGGAUCGAAGAGAACAGUGCAGCGGCACGGGAGGAUGGGGAGUGGGAGGAGGCGAUAGAGGGGUGGCAGUACGAGUGCCUAUGGUGUGGCUUGAGUGCUUCUGGCUGUCGUAAGACAUCCGGUAGCUGGACUGCUGCUGCAGAGGUGGAUAAUGGGGAGGUGGGAGAAAGCGGGGUUAAAGGUCUGAAAAAGCUGCUUGAGCAGCAAGGUCAGCAGCACCACCAAUGGCAGUUGACAGUCAGUGAAGCUGCGGAUGCGAAGCCCUAUGCUGGUGGUAACCGCGGUAGCAGCAGUGGCACGGCGGGAAGUGCGAGCAACUGCCAAAGUGCAGUGUGCUCCAUGCCGGUGCCUGCGUUUGUCCGGGCCGAUUUUGAUGCCUUGCGGUGUGGGCCCAUUCCCAAUUAUGUUGGGUCCCUCUCGUCAUCCUCAUCCCACUCUGCUGGCGCGGCUGCAAUGUGA